AACGGGGGAGAAAAAUCGAUUUUCCUCGGUGACGCGUGUGAUUUUUCUAUGUGAAUGCGCUUGUCAAAACUAGCUGUAGAACAGAUUUUGAUUAUUCUACUAUUUUUGUUGAAAAGUGUGUUUUCUUUCUUGUGUUGGACGGGAUGUUGAAAUCAGAGUUUCAACAUCAGUAUUGGAUCACCAAAAAGGUGGUCCAAAGGAAGCUGGGAACAAAAGAGGACGAAAAUGUUGUUGCAUCCGACGGUGAACUGGAUGCUAAAAUAGAGCUUUUCCAAUCGGUGGCGGACAGUUGCCGACAGCUGUAUAGAAUAAUUGACCAGUACCAAGAACGCGUAUGCAUUCUGGCACAAGAAGAAAAUUCACUGGGAAAAUUUUUGCGUGAAGUUGGCAAAGAGAGCCCUACUACUGGAAAGCUCAUGUCCAACACAGGAAAGGCGAUUUCGUACUGCGGCCAGCAGCGCAUAACCAUUCGGGUGCCUUUACUGAGACUUCAUCACGAUGUUCAAACGUUCAAAGGACGAGCGAUUUCAGAUACCCAGAACACCAUACAAUCCAUGGAGAAAGAGCGAACUGAAUACAGAGCAGCGCUUAGCUGGAUGAAAUCUGUUAGUAUUCAGUUAGAUCCCGAUACCGGCAGGGGCUUGGAAAAAUUCAGAAAAGCUCAGAGACAUGUAAAAGCCGCUAAAACAAAGUUCGACAAAUACACACUGGACUGCUUGGAAAAGAUCGAUUUGUUAGCAGCAGCCAGAUGUAAUAUGUUUUCACACGCACUUGUUGGUUAUCAAAACGCAAUGCUACAGUUUGCAAGAAAAAGCAACGACACAUACAACGCGGCGUUGAAAAGUCUCUCUAAAGAGCCGCAGUACAAUUUUUCAGUUUUGAAAGAAUUAACACAGACAAGUCCGAAUGCCAAUGACGAGAAAGAGGAACAAGAUCAAGAAAGUAAACCAGCCGAUGAUGAUCAAAUGCUGUUCUUCCAGGAUGAUUAUCAGGAUGACACCUCUGAGAAAAAAGAGUCUAAGGACAAAAUGCUUUCCAAUACCGACGACGAUGACCAAAUUCUUUCCGAUGCCCCAACUUGCCUCCAAGACUUAUUGGCAGAUGUGCCUGAAUUGAAGUUGGAUCCAAAAGCUGAUGUUCCAAGAGAAGAUACAUCAAAUUUUGCAUAUUUAUUGGACCUAACCGCGGAUGAUGAAUUUUCCGAUUUCAUUUCCUCAUCUUCGUCUUUCAUGCCAUCCACAUUGCUCAACAAUCCAGAAUCAAUACAAAAUGCUCAUGAUAGCUUGACAGACCCAGAGAGGUCCCCACAUAGUAGCGAUAAACCGGACGAAAAGUCUUCAAAUGACAUUAUUGGCAGCUUUUUGCACAGUCUUUCGAAAAACAACAACGUCUCGGCGGGUCAAGUGGAAACGAGCGACCGGAAGACACCAAAAGAUGGUAAAUCCACCAAGGAUUUGUCGGGUUGGUAUCAGCUAUUCGCAGAGCUGGAUCCUCUCUCCAAUCCGGAUGCGAUUCCGUCCAAAACCGAUGCACUGAGUAAUAGCUUGGCCGCUUGAAUCACGAUGCUUUGUUCGGUUCGAAAAAAGGCGAUUUGAUAGACUUCCUAAUAAAACAAGCUUUAGGAAGAGAGUUUUACUACCGUCAUUAUAAUCAUCGCAACGCAAAAUUAUCGAUGCAGACACUCUUUAUACGCUACUGUAAUCAUAUAUGUAAUGUGCUGAAACGUAAAUAAAGACAAAUGAAUAUAGA